AUGUUUAAUUUUGGUUUUUUGGCCCAGUUUCGCUUCCACGCCACCCACGGCGCCAACAUAUGCCUUUCGGGCAACCGCCAGAUCGCCCGCCGCCUCCCUGGCUACGGCAAAGGCCUUGUUUUCAGCAGCCGCCCCAUUCGAAUCAACGAAAAAGUCUCAGUCAAACUCCUUAAAAUCUCUCCCCAACUUUCAAGCACUGUUUGUUUUGGUUUCACGUCCAAAAACCCUUCGUCCCUUUCGGACGACUUGCACUACUCGUAUUUAGAUGUUUUCAAAUCGGGGUGCUACUGGAUAUGGCCGUUGUUCAAAAACAUGUGUGUGGAAAAUACGGUCCUGUUUUACUACGUCACCAGGGACGGACACGUCCACUUCGGGAUCGACGAUCAGGAAAUUGAUUCGUUCUACAAGAGGGUGAAAGUGGGCGUGCCGUUGUGGGCCAUUCUGGACAUCGAUGGGGUGUCGACGACGGUGGAGGUGGUCACCGAGGGGGCGGAGUUUGAGGAGGAGUUCGAAGAGGAGUAUAUCAAUGAGGAGGAGCUGUGCAACGUGUGCUGCCACAAGGAGAUCAAUUCGGUGUUGUACAAGUGCGGGCACAUGUGCAUGUGCUACCAGUGUGCUAUGCAGCAGAAGCAGGGGGCGGGGAAUGGGCAGUGUCCCAUCUGUAGGGCGGAGAUUAAGGACGUCAUUCGUACUUACAAAUAA